UCGAGUUUCCGCAGGAAAUGCGCUUCUGGUCACAGACUGUUAAGUGAAUUCUGUGUUAUAACCUCCGGUACGGUAGGUGGCAGUAUGGAGACAGAAGUUUCUAUUGCAUUCCGCCGAAGAGACUUUCUCUUGUUUUGCCGUUGUCAGUGUGUGACGUGGUUGACUUGUCGUACGUUUCAUUACGCAAACCAUCAUCUGCACAUCGGGCUCAGGCUCGGCGGAAAGUGAGCAGAGACAGAGCCAUGGCUGCCCUGCGAGCAGCCAAGCAAGCUCUGAGGAAGGAGAUGAAGCGACGGGUCGCCGCGCUGAGCGACGAGGAGAAGCGACGGCAGUCUCGAGUCGUUUCACAGAAGCUGUUCCGACACCCCAAGUAUGUUUCCUCGAAGCGUAUUGCAUUGUUUCUCAGCAUGAAUGAUGAAGUGCUCACUGAGGAAAUCGUCAAAGACGCGUUUAAAUGGGGUAAAAGCUGCUUCAUCCCCAGAUAUGAGAGCACCUGCAGCCAUAUGGAUAUGUUGCAGCUCGCCAGUCUGCAGGACAUGGAGACAUUGCCUCUGACUGCCUGGAACAUCCGACAGCCAGCUGAAGAUGACAACAGCAGAGAGGAGGCACUGGCUGCAGGAGGUCUGGACCUGAUCCUGAUGCCAGGCCUGGGUUUUGACCAAAUGGGGAAGCGUCUGGGACGUGGGAAGGGUUUCUAUGACACCUACUUGGAGCGCUGCAUCAGACACCCCAAAGGAAAGCCCUACACCAUCGCCUUGGCCUUCAGGGAGCAGUUGUGUCGGGAAAUCCCUGUCGAUGACAAUGAUGUGCUCAUUGAUGAGGUCCUGUAUGAGGAUGAUGAGUAGCUAUUCAAUCACCAGGGUUGUAGUUUAAUUUAAUAACAAUACACACUUAUCACUGCACACAUUUUGAUUUGUUACCCCAGGAAAACAUGGAGAAAUAUGGAGGCCAAGUUCAGGUUCAGUGUGGCAGACCUUGAAUAAGUUGGAAAUCUACAACAAAUAAAUGCUGCAAUAACUGGCUGUGA